UGACCUUUUGAUUAAUGUCCUCAUACUGCCUGCUUUUUUUGCUCUUGUCCUGUCCCCUGUACCACUUACACCUCCUACCAGAGUCUGGUCCUCCCACUUCCUCAGUCUACUAUGUAACUCUUAAGUUUGGGAGCCAGGGAAUAGCGGAGACUGAAGUGGGAAAGUGGCAGCUUCUCCAGCUACCAGUCUGGCAGAGGGACCCCCACAGACAGAGUCUGCAGCAUGGAUCACACGAGAGGGCUCAUCACUGCCUGGGCGCUAUUCUUCCUGCCAGGUCUGACUGACACAUUCAACAUUGAUGACAAGAAACCAAGGAUCAUCCAAGGAUCCAAAGAUGCAUUCUUUGGCUAUAGAGUACAGCAGCAUCUGGUGGGAGGCAAGAAAUGGUUGGUGGUUGGUGCCCCCUUUGAUCAAAAUGGAGCCCAGAGAACAGGGGACAUCUACAGAUGUUCCAUCAACAAUGAUACAUCUACUGACUGCAGCAAGCUUGGAAUCGGCAGGGUGACGCUGUCCAACGUCUCGGAGCGAAAGGACAACAUGCGCUUGGGAAUGAGCCUAGUCACAAAUCCAAAAGAUAAUAGUUUUGUGGCUUGCAGCCCACUCUGGUCCCAUGAAUGUGGAAGUUCCUAUUAUACUACAGGAAUGUGCUCCAGGGUCAAUGCCAAUUUUCGUUUCUCCAGGAUUGUGGCUCCUGCUCUUCAAAAAUGUCCAACUUUCAUGGAUAUUGUCAUUGUUCUGGAUGGAUCCAACAGCAUCUACCCUUGGGAAGAAGUGCAAGGCUUCCUCAUCAGCAUCCUACAGAAAUUCUACAUUGCUCCUGGGCAGAUACAGGUUGGAGUGCUGCAGUACGGAGAGAAGGUGGUCCAUGAAUUUUUCUUAAAAGACUUUCGCUCAGUGAAUGAGGUGGUGGAUGCUGCUAAACGUAUUGAGCAAAGGGGAGGAGAAGAAACUCGAACUGCUUUGGGGAUUGAGAAAGCCUGUACUGAAGCUUUCCAGCAUGGUGGGCGAAAGGGAGCCAAGAAAGUGAUGAUCGUUAUUACAGAUGGAGAGUCCCACGACAGCCCAGAUCUGAAGAGAGUAAUAGAGAGAUGCGAAAGAGACAACAUAACACGUUAUGCAGUGGCAGUUUUGGGCUAUUAUAAUAGGAGAAAGAUUAAUCCUGAAGCUUUUCUCAAUGAGAUCAAGUUCAUUGCCAGUGAUCCUGAUGACAAACAUUUCUUCAAAGUGACAGAUGAAGCUGCUCUGAAGGACAUUGUGGAUGCACUCGGUGAAAGAAUAUUCAAUCUAGAAGGAGGAACCAAUAAAAAUGAGACAUCGUUUGGGCUUGAAAUGUCCCAGGCUGGGUUCUCUUUGCAUGUAGUGGAGGAUGGGAUUUUGCUUGGAGCUGUUGGUGCAUAUGACUGGAAUGGGGCUGUUCUGAAAGAGACCAGUAGCGGGAAGGUGAUACCUCGAAGAGAAUCUUAUCUCAAAGAGUUUCCUGAUGAGCUAAAGAACCAUGGAGCUUAUCUUGGUUACACGGUGACAUCUGUUAUGACACCACAGCGAGUCAGAUUGUAUGUUGCUGGAGCCCCACGGUUCAACCACACAGGAAAAGUCAUCAUCUUCAGCAUGCAGGGAAUGGACAACAAUCUCAUCAUCCACCAGUCUCUCGUAGGGGAUCAGAUUGGAUCAUAUUUUGGCAGUGAAAUUGGCUCUGUAGACGUGGAUGGCGAUGGAGUAACUGACGUCCUAUUGGUUGGAGCACCAAUGUUCUUCAGUGAUGGGCGGGAGCGUGGUCGUGUGUCUGUAUACCUCAUGAGAGAAAAGCGGUUUGUUCCAGAUGGUAUGCUUCGGGUCUUUGACAACUCACAGAACGCACGUUUUGGAUAUGCCAUUGGUGCUGUGCCAGAUCUUAACCAGGACUCAUUCAAUGAUGUGGUGGUUGGAGCUCCUCUUGAAGAUGAUCACAAAGGUGCAAUCUACAUAUAUCAUGGAUUUAAGAGGAAUAUUUUGAAAAAAUUCAAACAGCGCAUUGCUGCAGCAGACCUGUCUUCCAAACUUGAAUAUUUUGGCUGUAAUAUUCACUGUGAGAUGGACAUGAAUGAGGAUGGACUGGUGGACCUGGCAGUAGGUUCCAUGGGAAAUGCAGUACUACUCUGGACUCGCAGCGUUAUCCAAAUCAACACAACCAUCAGGUUUGAGCCACCUAAGAUCAACAUUUUUACCAAAGAAUGUCGCAGGAAUGGACGGGAGGCAACAUGUAUGUCAGCAUUUGUCUGCUUCUCCCCAUUGUUCAAAGCUCCACAGUUCCAAGGGCAGAGUGUUGCCAUUAAGUACAAUGUGACCAUUGAUGAACGGAGAUAUACCCCUCGUGCUGUGAUUGAUGACAUUGGAGGAGACAAGCACUUCAUUAAAACCAUCAGAGCCACAAGUGGACACAGCCAGUGCCAGCAGCUCAAUUUCCAUGUUCUGGAUACUGCAGACUAUGUGAAGCCUAUUACUUUUUCCUUGGAGUAUGAGCUGGCAUUUCCAGACCAGGGACCCAUACUGGACGAGGGUUGGCCAACAACUCUCAAAGUGUCGGUUCCUUUCUGGAAUGGGUGUAAUCAGGACGAGCGCUGCAUACCCGAUCUCGUCUUGGAUGUGAAACACGAUAUCCCGACUGCACUGGAGUUCUGCCAGCGCUCUCUCAGAAGAUCUCCUUCAGACUGCACCUUUUUUACUCGUUCUUUCGACAACUCUGUCUUCAUCAUUGAAGGAAAUAGAAGGCGAGUGGCCCUGGAAGUCACCUUAGAAAACCGAGGGGAGAAUGCAUAUAGCACUGUACUCAACAUUUCCUACUCUCGGAACCUCCAGUUUGCCAGUCUGAUCACCAAGGAAGAAUCAGACAUUAAGAUUGAAUGCAAAAAUAGCGAACAUAUGCCUAAUAGCAAGAUCUGCAAUGUUAGUUUCCCGUUUUUCAGAGCCAAGGCCAAGGUGGCCUUCCGGCUGGACUUUGAAUUCAGCAAAUAUGUUUUUCUUCCAUCUCUGCAAAUACACCUUGUAGCAAGCAGCGACAGUGAAGAACUGGAAGGUACAAUUUCUGACAAUGAAGUUUUAUUGGACUUUAAAUUGAAGUAUGAAUCCGAUCUCCUGUUUACUAGAUAUUCCAGCCUGGACCAGUAUGAGAUCACCUCUCAAGGGUCAGCUGACCGAUACAAUGCAAUUGGACCUCCAUUCAACUGCACCUUUAAGAUCCAAAAUUUGGGCUUUUUUCCCGAUGAUGUCACCAUUAGGAUCAUGGUCCCAGUUGCUACUCGUGUUGGUAACCGUUUGCUUCUUUUACAAGAGCUAGUCAGCGACCAGGGGAAUGAAACAUGCAAUGUCUGGGGUAAUAGUACAGAUUACCGAAAGAAGCCUUCUGAGGAGGACCUUACUCACAUCCCACAGCUGAAUCACACGAACUCAGAUGUGGUGACCAUUGAGUGCACUAUGAGUCUUACUUCUAAUCAGGAGGGAACACUGACUCUGUAUGGAUAUCUGUGGAGAAGAUCUUUCAAAGUGAUGAAUUUCCGCUCUGUUAGUCUGGUUAGUUUUGCUUCCUUACAACGAAAAUUCCACAGUCCUUUUAUUUUUCGAGAGGAGGAACCCAGCCGCCAGAUCACUUUUGACAUUUCCAAGAGGGAGGAGUGGGAGGUUCCAAUAUGGGUUAUAAUCAGCAGUACAAUAGGUGGGCUCCUGCUGCUGGCUCUCUUAGUCCUGGCUCUAUGGAAGCUGGGAUUUUUUAAACGUAGUCACCAUGAGAGAGAGGAAGACGAUAAAGAUUUUCAGUAAGGCUGCGACACCAGACCAAGAAACUCUUGGCCCUUUGCCUCUGCCAAUAAAUAGAUAUAUAUACCAACCCAAGGGGGCCAGAAGGAGAAGCUGGCUGCAACUCGGAGGACUGAAAACAAAUGGACAGUUGCAAUUAUCUCAGAAAGGCCAACUUGCACAGGGCUGAAGACGAGAUGGUAACUUGAAUAUUACCACCAAUUACUGCCUCUGGGAGUAGUGUGUAAGAGCUCCUGCGUCCUUUUUGGCCUCUAUUUAUUUCUUUACUGACCUGAAAUUUAAGGAACAGCCAAAGACUGAACUUGCAAACUCUGACAGGUUCUGCUCAGGGAUAAACCUACCAGUCACUACCAAAAAGGUAGAGACCACUGCCUGCUUCCCUGGAAGUCUCUCAUCAUACUCUAUCUCUGGUAUUACUAUUAUUAUUCCCAUUUUCUAGUUUUUUUUCUAUUGCUAUUAAAAGACCACUAAGUAAAGGGUGGCCAGGGAACAGAGACUGAGAAACUUGCUGCAGAAAUCUCUGCAACUAAAAAUCAGCUCCAUUCAUCAGAAUGGGAUUUUUUCUGCAGACAGCACAUUAAUUUCUGCAAGCCCAAUUCAGAUGAAUAGAACAGUCAUAGAAAUGUUUUGCGUAAAUCUGUUGCGUGUGAAUUUACCCUAAGAACGGUAAAGAUUGUCAAUUUUGAGAUGAAUGUUCUUGAGAAAUAGAGUUUAAGCUUUGUUUCAGACAAGCUUAAAGGGGUUUUUCAGGAUUACUAUGGUAAUUAAACAGAUAAGCGUUCAUGUACAUCGUACAUGUUUUUUUUAAAUUAAUUUCCCCUGACCUGUUUUCACCAUGUAACAAAUCCCUCUGGUCUGUUUCCAUCCUGUAUGUAGCACUUCCUGUUGCUGUAUCCAACCAAACCCAUGAUG